CAGCCUUUAACGCAGCCCAGCUUGCUUUUCUGUGCAUUUGAGGCAGCACAGGAUACAGGCUCACACACUCAAUCAUAUCUCAAACUGGAGUCACACUGAGGAAACAGAAUGUCAGGGAAGGAAGCGCUGAACCCGGUGGGAAAGCACAAUUUGCCACAAGUCGGCACAGCUUUUUUCUGACCUGCUGUGACGAGUUUGAGGUAGAAGUUUAGAUUUAUAAUAGCAAAUAACAGGAUUUUUUUCAGGGGGAAAUAGAUAAAAACACAAAAGAAGAAGAUUUAGUGAAGCAGCAGAAAGUUAGCUUUUACUUGCAUACCACCUUCAAGAUCAGGAUUUUCACAAAGAGGAGACAUACAUCAGGGGCAAAUUCUUGAAAUUCUCUUCAUCUGCUGCCACCGUAGAACUGCAGGAGGGCAGAUCAUCACGUUUACCACACGAAUACAGCACAAACAAGAUGAGUUUGUCACGGAGCGGGACGCUGGAGAAGACGGUGUCGGAGCAUGCCCACUCUGAGGCCCGCUCCCCCUCCAGAGCGGGGUCAGGGGUCGUGGUGCCGCCUCCCUACUCUCUGGGUGGCAGCGAGGUGGCUGACACCCCUCUGGAGCUGAGGGGCUCCCUGGACUGCUGGGCAUGCUCAGUGCUGGUCACUGCACAGAAUCUGGUCAUCGCACUGAUCAACGCCUCGCUGGCCAGCCUCGUGUUCGGCACCAUCCUCACCCCUGCUCUGGCCAUGAUCAUAUUCGGCUUCCUCUGCCACUCCACUGUGCAGCCUCAUGGAACCUCCCUGUACUGUUCUGACCUGCUGGAUGACGGCGGCUGUAUUGCCCUGCUGGUGGUGGGUUUUCUGCUGCUCACCCCUCUGCUGGUCCUGGCUCUGGCCGCCUACUGCCGCCUGGCCCGACACCUCCAGCUGGGCAUGUGCUUCAUCCCCUACAGCCGAGCCGUCUACAAGAACCUGCCGGCUUCACGCCACCGAGGCCGCAGUUCAGGAGGCUGCUGUGGGCAGGAGGGAGCAGCCGAGAGGGAGGGGAAGGGCAGCGUUUGGGUGUAGGAGAAGAGAACAGGGGGGGUACAUGGUUGUAAUAUGUAGAGUGGCUCUUUUUUUUUAAAUUAUUUUUUUAAAUGCAAAAUAUAUUUCAUUUUUUUCUGAAGCCAUUGUAAAAAUCCAUCAUAUUUCAUCAUUUAUACUGAAUGUCUUGUAUUUCAGUAUUGCUUUUUGUAUACAAUUUUGAUGUACUGAAUGUAUUUUAUACCUUUAUACAAUAAAGUGUCACUAAACUCGC